AUGAAGACACCGACCACCCCUCCGGACGUGGUGCAGGCUACUCCCCACCCCAUGCAGAUUGAUCUCUCAGCAGAUGAACUCCAACUUCGAGCUCAAGGCCAUGUCAGCGAGCUGCCACGCCAAUUCGGGGCAUUCGCAACCCUGUCCCUGGCGUUCAGCAUAACCAACUCCUGGGUUGGCUUUUCUGCAGUGUUCGCGACUCCCUUGCUCGCUGGCGGUGGGCCAACAGUUUUUUUCGGCUUGAUUGUGGCGACCAUAGCAUGCUCCUUCAUCACGGCCGGUUUGGCGGAGCUGGCAUCGGCCUUUCCCUCCAGCGGCGGACAGUAUCACUUUGCUUUCAUGGUUUCCUCCCCAAAGUAUCGAGCGGCAACCGCAUUCACGGUUGGCUGGCUAAGUGUGAUUGCUUGGUGGUUCAUCACGGCUACGGCAGGUAUCUUCUGCGCCCAGCUUGUGGGAAAUAUUGCCUCAUUCCUCCGUCCUGACUAUGUGUGGACCCAAUGGCAGAUUUACCUGAUCUAUCUUCUGCUAUGUACUACCGCUGUCGCCGUCGUUGUUUGGCUACCUCGCCAGAUGCCAAUGCUCCAGAUGGUGUUUUUCAUGGCAUCGCUCGUCGGAUUUGUGGUUUUCUUCAUCACUGUGUUGGCUACCAGUAAGGAUCAUAAGCAAAGAGCUUCUACAGUGUUUACCAAGUGGGAUAAUCAGACUGGAUGGAGUGAUGGCACGGCAUUCCUGCUUGGUGUCGGCACUUGCAUGUAUGCCUAUCUGGCAGUGGACUCAGUAACACAUCUUGCUGAAGAAAUGCCAAAUCCCGGGACAGGCGUCCCCCGAGCAAUGUGCCUGACUAUCCUUAUUGGCAUGCUCACCGUGUUCAUGUGGACUCUCGCUUUUUUGUUCUCUACGUCCGAUCUGGACGAGGUGUCUAUGUCGCACCUUCCUAUCUUGACGGUCUACUAUCAAGCUUUGCGAUCUAAAGCCGGAGCAGCAUUCUUCGCCGUCUGGUUAUUAUUUAUCUACUACGGCGCAACUAUCGGUUGUUUUCUCUCUGCCGGCCGGCAGACUUGGUCAUUUGCAAGAGACAAUGGAUUACCGUACAGCAAAGUCUUUGCAAAAACACAUCCGACACUACAGGUCCCAGUAAACGCUACCGUUGCGACGCUGGUAUUCUGCGUGUUUUACGGAUUAAUCUAUAUUGGAUCGACCACGGCAUACAACAGCUUCGUUAAUCUCUCAAUUUUAGGUCUGAAUAUUACCUACGCUAUACCGCAGGCGGUGGUUGUUAUUCGAGGUCGAGACAAAGUCUUGCCAAAGCGACAAUUCGACCUCGGACCAGUCCUUGGUCCUAUCUGUAACAUCUUCUCCACCAUCUGGAUGCUUGUAUUUACAGUGCUGUUCUGCUUUCCAGUCUUCUUGCCCGUCACCUUGCAGAACAUGAAUUACCUCAGCGUUGUUGUUGCUGCGGUGUGUUUGUUCAUUCUUAUCCUCUGGUGGGGUGGAAAGAGGAAGACAUUCGAGGGCCCCCAUGUCGAACUUGCCGCAAGCGUUUGUCUCUAGAGAUGAGUAUGUGAGGGGAAAGAAGAGCCAGCAGGAACCACACAUGGUUUGAAAGCCUGGAUAGGCGUAACAGAUGUCAGAUUAUCAAGCAUGACAUUUGUACAUGAUCACCAGCUAUGGCUUCAAUGUUGAGAGACAAUUUUCUUCCAUAGAACCUGC